UUGCGGUGCCUCUGUUUGCCAGAAUGGCGGAGCAUGCAUAAGCUCUGGAAAUUGUGAAUGUAUUACUGGUUUUACCGGUAAUAUGUGCGAAACAAAUAUCGACGAUUGUUCUUCCAAUUCGUGUACGAAUGAAGAAACUUGUACAGAUGGAAUUAACUCUUUCACUUGUGCUUGUGUUGGUGGCUAUACUGGGAAUCUGUGUGUUACGGAUAUUAAUGAGUGUGAGCUUGAUUCGAGUCUCUGUAGUAAUGGAAGAUGUGUCAACUUGGUUGGAGCGUACACUUGUGUCUGCGACAAUGGAUUCAUGUUAGCGAAUGGGAAUUCUUGCAAUGUUUUCUCAAGCGGUCUGUCCGCUAGUCGAGUGACUGCACAGAUUACAGGACAAAGUCUGAAUGGUCAAACCCUGACGUAUACACCAGAAUUAACCAAUAUAUCAUCGGCCGUAUACAUGGAAUAUGAAGUUGCAUUCUGUUUCAUUUUCAGUCAAUAUGUAAAAGGACAGUUAGGUUCUCAACUUGUCGGAGAUAAUAAUUGCAUAGUGCUGUCAUUCAGCCCAGGUAGUGUAGUCGCUAACGUGCAAAUGGAACUUACCGCUACCAGCCAAAGUGAAGUAGAUGAGCUGGCUAUGAGUUUUUCUGCUUUGUCUACCAACAUUGAUCAAAUGUUAUCAGCUCAUGGUCAAACUCUUCUGUUAGCGUCUGUAUGUACAAAUGUUCAGCCCGAUCAAGCUGGUUUGACAGGAGACCUUUGCCAGAAUGCUCCUCAAGGAUUGUCGAAUGGAGCAAUCAUUGGUAUUGCUCUCGGAGUUUUUGGUUCUGUCCUCGUCCUCAUAACCUGUGUCUGCUGCGUUUUCAUACAAGUUGUCAGACGAAAUCAAGCAACAAAAUUGUUGCUCGCUGAUCAUCCGAGUAGACGAAAUGGAGACUUCUACAGAAACGAAUAUUUGAAUGGUUGUGUGGAGUACAAUUCCUUUGAAGGACGCUGGUAUACUAUUGGUCAAGCAUUGGAUCGAAUGCGAGAAACUGAUGCGCUGCCUCAUGAAGAUCGCGAUUUCAGGACUCCCUACGUGGUAGAUGGGAGUGAAAUGCCUCUUGAAGAUCGCAAUUUCAGUACUCCCUAUGUGGUAGCUUGGAGUGAAAUGAGCAAUAGUGUGGAGCAAAACCCAAUCCAUUAUUGAUCACAAGGAAACGUACUUACGGACAAAUAACGAAUAUGACAACGGAACUCGGAAAAAGAAUAUUGUGAAUUAGUUACAUAUCUCUUAUGGAUAGAUGGGUUCUCUUCUGGAUAGGCUAAAUAUCAAAGUGUAUA